GGUCAAAGGUGACAGCUUCCGGCAACUGAAGCUUCUGACGGCAGCUCCUCGCCCUUUCUCCCUGUCACUUCGGGUGGCUGGAAGGCCAGUUUAAAAAAUGGAACCUUGUUCCUGUGACACUUUCGUGGCAUUACCUCCAGCAACAUUUGAUAACAGGAUUAUUUUUGGAAAAAAUUCAGAUAGACUCUCUGAUGAAGUACAAGAGGUGGUUUAUUUUCCUGCUGCAGUUCAUGAUAACCUGGGAGAACAUCUUAAGUGUACUUAUAUAGAAAUUGAUCAAGUUCCUGAAACAUAUGCUGUUGUCCUUAGUCGCCCAGCUUGGUUGUGGGGGGCAGAAAUGGGAGCCAAUGAGCAUGGAGUUUGCAUUGGCAAUGAAGCUGUAUGGGGAAGAGAAGAAGUUUCUACUGAAGAAGCACUACUGGGCAUGGACCUUGUCAGACUUGGCCUUGAAAGAGCUGAUACAGCUGAAAAAGCCCUCAAUGUAAUUGUUGAUUUAUUAGAAAAAUAUGGCCAAGGUGGAAAUUGUACAGAGGAUACAAUGGCAUUUAGCUAUCACAACAGUUUCCUGAUAGCUGAUAGGAAUGAAGCCUGGAUUCUGGAGACUGCAGGGAAGUACUGGGCAGCAGAAAAAGUACAAGAGGGAGUUCGUAAUAUUUCUAAUCAGCUUUCUAUAACAACCAAGAUUGAUCAGGAACACCCAGGCAUGAGAAACUAUGCUAAGCAGAAAGGUUGGUGGGAUGGUAAAAAGGAGUUUGAUUUUGCUGCAACAUACUCUUAUCUUGACACAGCCACGAUGAUGACUUCAUCAGGCAGAUAUUGUGAAGGCUACAAGCUUCUGAAUAAACACAGAGGAAACAUAACUUUUGCAACAAUGAUGGAAAUUCUCCGAGAUAAACCAAGUGGUAUUAAUAUGGAGGGAGAAUUCCUGACCACUGCAAGCAUGGUUUCUAUUUUACCUCAAGACUCCAACCUUCCUUGCAUUCACUUUUUUACAGGGACUCCUGAUCCUGAGAGAUCUGUUUUUAAGCCUUUCAUAUUUGUGCCACAUAUUUCACAACUAUUGGAUACCAGUUCACCAACAUUUGAAUUUGAAGAUCCACUUAAAAAGAAUCCAGGCUUCAAGAUUAAGCCUGACAGAAGACACCCACUCUACCAAAACCAUCAACAGGCAUUGGAAGUAAUAGAAAAUAAUGAGGAAAAAGCCAAAACAAUGUUGGAUAACAUGAGGAAACUGGAGGAAGAACUAUUCAAAGAGAUGGAAUCAAUCCUUCAAAAUAAGCAUCUUGAUGUGGAUAAAAUCAUUAAUCUCUUUCCUCAGUGUACAAAAGAUGAAAUUAGAAUUUACAAGUCAAAUAUUGGUUCUUAGUGAUCAUAUAAAUGGUCAGCAAUCUUUCUCAAAGUCAGAAUCUAUUACCUUAGUAAGUGAUAAAAAACUAGUUUGAACAGAUCUGAUUAUUCUUUAAUAGCAUUCAAAUGAUGUCUUGACUAUUAAAAUGACAUAUAGUCUUGCUGAAAUACUGAGAAAGAAAACACUGGAAUUGGACACAUAUAUUAUGGGAUAGCCAAGUGUUACUUUAUGUGAUGGACUUGCAUUAUUUUUUUUAGCCACAGUAACUUUUUUGUCAUAAUAAUUAAGUAUUCAAUUCUGCAUAAAGUAUGAACCAUUAAAAUGAUGCAUGGAUUUAUGUUUAUCAUAAUUAUGUAGUACCCUCAAAUCAUUUUCUCAAUUACAUCAAGAAAGCAGAUUUUUCUUUAGUAAUGGAAAAUAUCUCAACUGGUGAGAUUUUUGUGCUUUUGGCAUUACCUAGCUCUAACAAAAAAAAUUUCUAGAUUUACACAUUAAAUCUUUGUCAUUACAGUGUAUUAAUUUUGCAACUGCACUUUUAUUAAACUCAAACAUGCUCUUUGUCAAGAGUUGGCUGACCAGUGAGCUUGUAGCUGUUAUUGUCCAGCAUUUUUUGAGGCCAUUCCCCUUUAUGGGCUUUUAUGUUAAGAUAUUUUUCAGAAGAGCUUGUCUGAGAGAUUAGAGAAUGGAAUAAGAGAACCAAGAGCUUAGGAGACACUGUUUCUGUGUGUCAAAUCUCUCUCAUCUUUUACUUCUGUUCAUUAUGAACAUUAUAAAUGAAUAUCUUCCCUAAGUUUAUAAAACUUUGUUAAAGUUACAAGAAAAUUACCAAGUAAGACUCAAAAUUGUAAAUAUAAGCUAAAAUCCAACUCAAAAUAACAUUUUUUGUUUCGAGAAAUGUCCAUUUUUGGUAUUUGACUAAUGUCCAUUUGGUAUUUGUUAUCAUUGCAAUUAGGAUUAUAAUAAAGAAGUGGGUCAUUAUAUUUAAA